GAUGAAUUUGUUCCCUUCGAUCAAAAGACACGGUGAACGAAACAAAUAAUUAAUUAAAUUUAAAUUGUAAUUAAUAACGCUCAUUACAAUUUGUAAUUCAAAAUUGCAUCAUUAAAGGUGCUGUCAGCUUUAUAGGGAAUUUGUUUAAGACGAUAACAACGAGCUUUGUUCGUGUUUUUCUGUCGUGCGGCGUGUGAAUAUGAAUUUACAUAAAUUUUGCUCUAUAUGUAAAGUUUAAGGUGCACAAUUAAAUUAAAUUAUUAAGGGAUUAAUCAAAAUCCAAUUGAGUAGCAUAUGGACACAAGUCCACCACUGGAGGAAGAACAAGAACAAAAAGAAGUUGUCGAGCCGGCGACAAAAGAAUUUGACCUUGUCGAAGAAAUAGAAAGUCAAGCUGGACCGUCGAAAGUUACUUCUGAUCCUCCUCCUGUUGAGGAGGAGAAGGAUUCGCCAACAAUGGACGACGCGACGAUCUCGUGUCGUCAACCGACUCCUGAUGACCUUAAUCCUUCAGAGAUUAAUGCAACGGGGGGCUCAUCUUCGAGCCUAGUCGAGGGGUCUGGUCAAACUUCUAAAAUACUUCGUUGGGGCGACGAGAUGGAGGCGGAGGAGGAAGAAGAAAAUCGAAAUAAACAGCGAUCUGCAGAUAACAUCCAAGAGCCAAUAAUGCCAACAAUUAAAACCACCACCCCAAUCGUUAUUGAAGAUCGAGACUAUAAUUCGACCGAGGAGGAGGAGGAUGAGGACGACGAGGACGAUGAUGGGAGAGGAAGCGACGAGAAAGCCAACAUCGUCACUGAGGGGGGAGGAGAUGAUCCAACAAAUAAUGAAAAUAGCCGAUGGGCCCCGAACAUUGUUCGACCAACAAAAGUCGUUUUAAGAAUGCUCCCUCCGAAGCUGUCGUGUCAAGAUUUUCUCGACUAUGUCUCUCCCCUACCCGAAUAUGAUUAUGUUGCGGUAGACAAUCCUGAUCCAGCAUGGGGGCCAAAUGGAAAAUCAGUAGCUCACAUAAACUUUCUCGAUGCCGAUGACGCUCUCUGGUUCAUUGAGCGCUUUACCGGGUAUCAGUUUAUUGACGAGGACGGUGAGGGAUACUACGGGAUUGGUGACUUUGCCAUGUCGCAGAAAAUAUUCCGCACCAACAAAGUGAAUCAGGAGAGGGGAAAGCUGCUCGAAACUGAGGAAUGGAUCGAGUUUAUGAGAAAAUAUGAUUCCAACCCGUUCAAGUUUUGGACAGGGGCUCCACUUCCGGAUUAUGAUUAUGCAACUGCAGAGGUAAUGCUGCUUGAAAUUGAGAACAAGCCGAAACGGAAAGGACCUGAGCCAACCCCACUAACACAGUCAAUUUUAAAUAAAAAGUUCAGACGGGAACAAGAACGGCAACAGAGGAAAGAGAAGGAACGUGAAAGGAAACGGUUGGAUAGAAUUAAGCGCGAUAAAGAUCGAGAAGUUGACCGUGAAGUAAAAAAGGAAAAGAAACGUGACCGAAGAGAUAAGGAACGGCGAGAUAAACGAGAGCGAGAGAAAUUGGAGAAAGAUGCCAAAGCUAAAGGAAUGACAGUGACGUACUCGAAAAGCGGACAAGGAACGCGAUGGUCUAGAAAUAGCGGUCCUCUCGCGAAGAGGAAAGAAGACGACAUUAAAGAGGACCCUGAAGAAUCGUCGCCAGCUCCUGAUAAUAAACCCAAUCCGACUAAUAAACCAACUACAAGCAGUACGACAGACUUACCAGGUCCGUCGUCUCAAGGUGGCAGCAACCAAAAUAACAACAAUAAAGCAAAGGAGCCAUUUCCAUCCAACAAACCUAGAUUCGAGGACAAAAAUUCGCGAUUUGGGAAGAAGAAACCACCUAUUAAUAAUCCGUUUUCGAAAGAUGUCCGAAAAUUUGACAAACCUCAAGAAGAAAAUAAAGCUCGAUUUGGAAAACCAUUUCCUACAAAAACUGACACAUCCACAAAACCAGCUUCUUCAUCCGGAGGAGGUAGUUGCGCUGGAGGAGAAGACAAGAAAAAUAAGCCAGAAUCCACAUCUACCUCCGAGAGAAAACUUUCCACGAGCAGCAUCGACAAACCUAAACCCAAACGAGAAGACAAUGCUCCUGGUCCUAAAGGCAAAAAGUCCAGCAAUGCGGGUAAUAGUGGACAUGGAUCGGGUGAUGGUUCCGCAGAACAAGUCAGUGGUGAUCCACCAACUACCACUAAACCUAAGACAAGAAUUGUUAAGAAAAUUAUUCGUGUCAAGAAGGUUGUAAAAUCUGGAGAGGAAGGUGGUAGUGGUGACGCUAAUCCUGGCGAUGUGAAAAUUAUUAAAAGACCUCCUGGCUUAUCUUCCAACAAAGGGAAUGGGAAUGAUAAUAACAACAAGCCGAGCACUGCAAAACCUUCAACAUCAUCCUCAACUACCAAUAAAUCAACAGAAGCUGUCAAGAAGGUUCCCUCCGCAGCCCCAACAUCAGACGCUCCUGUAUCGGAAAGUAAUCCAGAAAAGAAGGAUGAAAAACGUCGCCAUACUCGACCCGAUAUGCAAAUUUAUCGUCCCGGAAGUUUGCGAACUUCUACUGCAAAGGACGGCAACAAGGAAACUUCUAGCGGUGGUGGCAGUGGCGGUGGCAGAAAUGGAAAUGGAAAACCACCCCCAUCAAGAAAUCGGGAUCGUACAGAUCGUACGGACCGCGCUGCUCCUGCGUCAUCGUCGUCGAACAAUAACGCUAAUAAUUCUCGGAGAAACUCUACAGCAAAAUCUACCGAAAACAUUAAAGAGCAGAGUUAAUUCGCUGCCAAGUAAGUAAAAAUUACAACAUGAUACUCUUCUUCCCUCCGAUAUAUACCAAACCUCCUUCAUAUGAAAACUGUGAUGAUCAUUUGUAGCUUUUUGCAUUUUUUCAUCUAUACUGCUUUAUUACAAAAAAAUCUUUAGUUCUAUGUACGUAAUAUGUAUGUAGCUAAAUACCUCGGGUUAGUUACGAGUAAAAUGAGGCAUCUAAAUAGCUUUAGUUUUAUAAAAGUAAUUAUUUCUUCAAAUUCCGUAUAAAUACACUAAAUAUGUGUACUUUUUGUGAUUUGUAAUGACAAAAUAAAGGAAACUCACAGCACUAAAAAUUA